AUGGAAAUAGAAAGUGAACAACUUGAAGAUGACAAAAGUGUUGGAAAUGAUGAAAGUGUUAGAGACGACAAAGAUAUUAAAGAUGAUGAAAGUAUUGGAGACAACAAAGAUGUUGGAAAUGACGAAGAUGUUGAAAAUGAUGAAGGUAUUAGAGACAAUGAUAAAACAAGAAUAGAUAAUCAACUUG